UGGACAAGUUCUACGCAGUUCCACAGACUUCACUGGCUGUGUGGGGACACCCUCUGAACAUAAUACACCACCUUCCGGAUUUUGUACUGCACUGCACUUUUCUUUCUAAUAAACAUUGCAGACAAAGGUCUUGUGAAUCCAAACUUCAGCCGUGUCUCUUCUCGACAGGACAGUGUGUAUAAUAAACGUUUUCAAAAACUCACUUUCCAUAGUUUGAAAACAUGACUCAAAACAUACGAGCUGUUGUGAAAGGUCCCGGGCCAUGGGGAUUCAGACUGGUUGGAGGGAAGGAUUUCGAGCAGCCUUUAACGAUUUCUCGGGUAACCCCUGGCAGCAAGGCAGCACAAGCUAACCUGUGCAUAGGAGACAUGAUCACAGCCAUCGAUGGAGAAAAAACUGAGCACAUGACCCACUUGGAGGCCCAGAACAAGAUCAAAGGCUGCGUAGGGGAGAUGGUUCUUACACUGAACAGGUCUGAAACCAAACUAUGGUCCCCUAUGGUGGGUGAUGAAGGAAAGACCAACCCAUACAAGAUGAACCUAUCAUCUGAACCACAGGAGGUGAAGCUCAUAGGGAGCGCUCACAACCGGAGUGCUAUGCCGUUUUCUCCUGGAGCUGCCGCCACCACUCCCAGCACUGGCUCCAAAGUAGUGACAAAUCAGUACAACAACCCAGCAGGCCUGUACUCCAGCGAGAGCAUUCAGAACUUCAACAGCACGCUGGAGUCCAAGACCAGCCCACCGGAGCCAAGCAAAGCCAUAGAAUCCCAGAAACCGACAGCUAAACUAGCAAUAGACACCGAGUCAGAGGUUUAUAAAAUGCUGCAGGAGAAUCAGGAGCCUGUGGAGCCUCCCAGACAGUCUGCCUCCUUCAAAGUCCUGCAGGAGAUCCUGGAGACUGAUGGGGAUGUUGAUAAGCCAUCGGGAUUCAGAAGUGUAAGAGCUCCUGCAACAAAGAUAGGUUCCACUGUUGGGUAUAUUGAAAAGCUGCCCCUCUGUGAUCAGUGUGGAUCAGGCAUUGUGGGGAUGGUUGUUAAGCUGAGGGACAAGUUCCGUCACCCCGAAUGCUACAUGUGUACCGACUGCGGCAUUAACCUGAAGCAGAAGGGACACUUCUUUGUGGAAGACAAGAUCUACUGUGAGAAGCACGCCAGGGAGCGGGUCACCCCCCCAGAGGGGUACGACGUGGUCACCGUAUUCCCAAAAUAGACCGUCCCACUCCAGCUUGCUGAACACAAGCAAGUCACAUUGGAAAAUGAGCAUUUACUCUUUUUUAGUUCAAUUACAAAAACAUAUAUACAAUUGACUAAAGUGUGAGAUUUUGAUUGGCCUCCUUGUUUUGUGGUGUGAUUUAUCAAUGCACUGGGUUCUCUACUAAAGAUUGCGAAUGUGUUGAUUUGUUCCUUUUUGUUUGAGUAAGUGGACCAUAUCAUUAAUAUGCGCUAAAAUAAACUGCUCAACAUGUU